GUGUUAAUAUCCAUGACAUCUAGGGGAAAGUCACUGAAGUUUUUUGCACCUCAUCAGAUGAUACCUACAGAUUGUCUGACAUGCCUAAUGGCAAUAUUGAAUGAUGGUAACUCACCUACUGAACUCAGUUCAAAGACAAUCAUUCUGCUUUUCAAUCUCGCUGCUGACAAAGACAUCCGUGAAGCCCUUCAGAGUACAUUUAAUGUUAGUGCCUUACUCGCAGCAUUCCUAAAACAGUACAGAGGCUCGCCUACUGAUCAAGUAAUCUUGCAG